UACUACUACUCAUUAUUAUAGAUAGAGUGUGGUUUAUUCAUAUUGAGAGUGUUGUUUUUGUGUAUUAUAUAAGGCCUUGUUUGGGGGUACCAAAAAAGAAAGAAAUAAAGGGUUACUUUGUUUUAAUGAUAUGAUGAGAAGAAUAGUUAGAAAAUGUUCACAUUGUGGGAAAACAGGUCAUAAUUCAAGGACUUGUAAAACUACUACUACUCAUCAUCAUGCCCUUAUUAGGCUCUUUGGAGUCCAAUUAUAUUCUUCUUCUUCUAAUUCUAAUUCUUCUAUGGAGUUUAUGUCAUCAUCAUCGUCGUCUUCGUCGUCUUCUUCAUUCUCUAGUACUACUUAUGUUAUGGAUCAUUUUACAGAGAAGAAGAAGUUUUCUCAUAAUAAUAAUGGUAGUUAUCAAACAAAGAUCAAUUCCAAGAAAGGAGGCAUGGCAUGGACUGUGGAAGAGCACAAGAGGUUCUUAAUAGGGCUAGAAAAGCUUGGAAAGGGAGAUUGGAGAGGCAUUUCUACCAACUUUGUUCACACAAGAACUUCUACCCAAGUCGCUAGUCAUGCUCAAAAAUUUUUUAAUCGACACACCAAUAUUUAUAAAAUUAAUCGUCGUCGUUCCAGUCUUUUAGAUAUGGGAGGAGACAAAAUAUUUUAUAAGCGCGGUGAAAAAUUUGAUGAAAAAACUAGUAAUUAUACUAAAAGUACCUAUUUUGAUGAUGUUUUAAAAAUCAAUCAUUUAGAGAGGCCAAUAUAUAUGAAUAAUGAAUAUAAAUAUGAUCAUGAUGAUGAUUAUAAACAUCAUCACUCAUCUCCAACUUCUCAUAAACAUCAUCACUCAUCUCCAACUUCUGAAUUAGAGCUCAAACUUGGAGCACCAAACACAUCAAACACUAUUACUAAAACAAGUCCUCAAAAUCUUCUAUUUUAUUAAUAUGUUAUUAGUAAUAAUUAGAUGUAUUAUAUUUUGUUUAUUUGAGUCAUAUGUUUGUUUGGCUAAAUUAUGCAAUUUAAUUUAAUUAUUAUAAAUUUGAAAUCAUGUAGUUAUAGUUUUCAAUGUUAUACUCUUUCUUUUAUUAGCUUAUA